AUGAGUGGGAUAAAGCCCGCAUUGCUGAAAAUUCAGAAAAAAAUUGACAAGAUUUUUGAAGAUAUUGUCACUGAACAUAAGAUUAAGAAAAAAGCUAGUAACAACACCAAUGGUGAUAAGCAAGAUCUGGUGGACACGCUGCUUAAUUAUGAGCAAGCUAAUAAGCCUGAGUUUCAUCUCACAACCAAUCAAAUCAAAUUGGUCACCAUGGACAUCUACUCUGCAGGCAGUGAAUCUUCAGCAACAACAAUCGAAAAGGCAAUGUCAGAGCUACUAAGAAACCCGAGAGUAAUGGAGAAGACACAAUCCCAGGUGCGACUAGCAUUCAAGGGAAAGAAAAAAAUUGAAGAGGAAGACAUUCAAAAGCUAGAUUACUUGAAACUAGUCAUCAAAGAAACAUUUCGACUACACCCUCCACGUCCUUUCAUCCCAAGAGAAGCUAAGGAAAGAUGCAAAUUAGUGGAUAUAUCAUAUAUAUACCAGCUAAGGCCAAAAUCCUCCACAAUGCAUAUGCAAUAG